GGGAUAUCGCGCGUGUAGGCAUCGACACUGUUUCUUACCACUUCUAUCCUUGUCACAACUGCAACUCCUCUUUCUUUUCGCCCGUCGACCCGAACUUGCACGCGACCUCCUCCAAAGACCGCCAAAAUGUCAGAGAAAGAAAGCGCAGCUCAGCAGAGCACCGCCGAGCAGCAGAGCGACAAUGUGGUCCAUGCACUCGCAGGAGCGGGCGGAGGCUUGCUUUCAAUGGCCUUGACAUAUCCUUUGAUCACGCUAUCGACAAGAGCACAAGUUGAGAAAAAGAAGGCUUCAUCCGGGACUCUGGCUGCAGCCAAGCGCAUCGUGGAUCGUGAGGGCAUAAUCGGUCUAUAUGCUGGCUUAGACAGCGCUCUAUUCGGCAUUACAGUCACGAACUUCGUAUAUUACUAUUGGUAUGAGUUCUCUCGAGCAUUCUUCCAGAAGUCCAGCGGGAAGAAGAACCUCAGCACACUGGAGUCCAUGGCAGCGGGUGCUCUGGCCGGUUCGGCGACUGUAAUGCUCACAAACCCGAUCUGGGUCGUGAACACCCGCAUGACAGCUCGUGAGAACGAGUCCACAGACACUCUCCCGACCAAGGAGGGCGAGAAGCCACGAAAGGCCCGGACUCCGGGCACAAUCUCGACCCUCCUCAAGAUAAUCCGUGAGGAUGGCUUCACCCGACUCUUUGCGGGUGUCCUGCCAGCUCUAGUGCUGGUCAUCAACCCAAUCCUUCAAUACACGAUUUUCGAGCAAUUGAAGCAAAUGGUUGAGAAACGACGAAAGGUCGGUCCAACCGACAGCUUCAUGCUUGGAGCUCUGGGUAAACUUGCCGCGACUUCCAUCACAUACCCUUAUAUCACGGUCAAGUCGCGCGCGCAUGUUGCGAGCAAGGAUAGCAAGAAGGAGGGCAUGACUGCGACCCUCAAGAGGAUCUACACCGAGGAGGGUGUUGGCGGUCUCUACGGAGGUAUUGGACCAAAGGUCACACAGUCGGUCAUCACUGCCGCCUUCCUGUUUGCAUUCAAAGAUGCACUUUACAAUGCCACCGUCAAGGCUCGCAAGACCUUGACUCAGAAGAAGGCAUAAAUGAUACCCAAGACGAUCGCGAUCGGAGUGAAAGAUCAGCCAUGAAGCAGUGCUUGCUUGUGAGGGAAGGCAAGCGAGAUGAUGACUAUGGAGGGGCGAUGAUUUGGCGCCGAGGACCAUCUAGGAGGAUCUACCCUAGCAUUUACACAUUCAAACUCUCUGUUGUACCAUCUUGAUAGACUAGGAAAUCGAAACAGCAGUACCCCGGCGUUGUCUGACCAU